AUGGCUAGAAAUUUUGAUGAUAUGUUUAAUGAGGCUUUGUAUGGCAAAAGAAGACGACAAGAUAACACACUCAUAGAUAAUUGGUUCGAUGAGUGUUUACUCGAAGAUUCAGAAGAAGAAGAUAUCGAUAGAAGUUCUAUCCCAAUUACUCGUAGAUGGAUCAACAGAGAUCGAGAAGCAGGACAUCAUCUCCUUUUCCAAGAAUACUUUGCAGAUGAACCGGUGUAUAAUGCUGACAUUUUCCGACGGAGAUUUCGAAUGAGAAGACAUGUGUUCCUUCGGAUAGUAGACGCUCUCUCAAACGUCUAUCCGUAUUUCCAACAGAGGGUUGAUGCAACUGGAAGAAGAGGCUUGUCGCCACUCAAGAAAUGUACCGCUGCGAUACGGAUGUUAGCAUAUGGCGUAGCAGCUGAUGCUGUUGAUGAUUAUGUGCGCAUAGGCGAGAGCACUACAAUUAAAUGCUUGGAAAAAUUUGUUGAAGGUGUCAUUUCGGUUUUCGAGGAUGGAUACUUGCGAAAACCCAAUCCAAAUGACGUACAACGCCUGCUACAAAUGGCGGAGGGUCGUGGCUUCCCUAGCAUGUCAGAUGGUAUUUAUCCUGAAUGGGCCACAUUUGUCAAAUCAAUCUCAAAGCCACAAGGGGAUAAACGCAAGUUAUUUGCACAAUACCAAGAAGGGCAAAGAAAAGAUGUGGAGCGAGCAUUCGGAGUGUUGCAAGUAGGCUAUAAACAAGAACUGAAAUGA